AUGUACGCUAGUAGCCCAGUUACAGUGUUAUUCACUUUGUCCGAGCCAGCGACGCUGAUGACGUCAGUCGGAGGCGGAGUUACCGCGCAUGUAAGCGCCUCGAUCGAAGAUGGAGGAGAGAGGGAAAGGCUGUGAAGACGGCCGGUUGUGUUUGUAAAAAUAAAUAUAAUUUUUAGCCGGUAUGGUUAUUUGAAUAUUGUCUAGUAAAGGGAGACGCCACUCGGCACGUGGAAGGCGGUGGUGAGAUACCUCGAUUAGAAGGCUAGGUCAAUCCAUCGGUCAGCCCCGAUCCCAUAAGGGAGGGGUCUGUUACAACUUGAAAGGCAAGAUAUUUCAUAGAUAUUUAUGUGUCAUCGUGUCGGGAAAAAAUGUGGAUUUUUUGCAACAAAAAAGUCCCGCCUCAUUGCAGCCACGCACCGAAUUUCCAGCCGCGGCGAGGCGUCGCAAAGCGAUGACGAGCAAUUCCAAAGCAUGAUAAACCCACAUUAUUUUCCCUACAGAUAGAUAUAUACCUAAAAAAAUGUUUAAACUUUUGCCAAAUUUUGAAAAAACAGCUGCGCCACUUUUUCUACCCUCUAUUGUCUUCAAAAAUCGUAAAAAAUUAAAUUUUACACUUUCAGAGAAGGUAAUUAGCAACGGCUUCUCAUUAAAGCCCCCCGGCGAAACCCGCGUUACGAAUUGCGAAUCGUAUUCUGGUCUGUGUUUGUAUGCACAACAUGCGUGCUGAUAACACAGCCACACCGGGUCCAACGGGUCCGCUUCUCGGUUGGCAUGGGAGUCUUAGCGUUUUAAAGGCGUAUAAUUGUAAGUAUAGCGCCAAAGUGCGGUGUUUAUGAAUACGUAUAUAGUCGUCUUGGACGACGGUUGGAAAGUGUAAAACAAUACGGUCAAACGUGUAAUUAGAUGGAUGCAGGAGAGAUAUUAUAGUACAAUAAUGGCAAAACCACAGGUUUUGAUGUGUUAGAGAAGACAGGGCGUUGAUUGUAAAGAUGGGUCCGUGAAAUAAAAAGACAUCGAAGUUUUGCACCCAUUACAGGCCCACAUUAGACAUGGCUCUGAGGCCGGGCCGAAAAUCUCAGUCCAGCCCCCGCCUCAAAGAGUUUGGCCCGGUCCUGUCACAUUCCAAAUUUUCUUGGCCCGGCCAGGAAAUUUUCGCUUCGAGACACAGAAUUCUACAGUAGGGGGCCUGAUUCAGUGGCAAAAAACGUACCAUUUUGCAUCCAGGAGGUAGCAAAAAAUGUUGCAAAAUACCUCCUCCUUCAAGUGAAAAAAAAAUUGAUUUCAAAAGCACGCCCGCUCUUUUUUGUGAAGGAAAAGGCGCGCCCUACAAAACGAACACUUGGAGAGGGAAGCAUUUCGCCGCAUCACUUGGAGAGGGAAGCAUUUCGCCACAUUUUUGAUACUUCCCGGAUGCAAAAUGGUACGUUUUUUGCCUCUGGAUCAGGCCCCCCACUGUAAUCAUUGGGGCCGAUUUAGGGCCGGGCGAUGACCCCUUGGUGGCCCGACUCCAGGUCCUUCCAUACCCGCUCGAGUAUGAAAGGAUCUGGCCCAUAAAAAUGAAGGAUCUAGCCCACACAAACGCCUGGAAAUGUCAGCUCGCGUAUUGACGGCACGUCCGAAAUAUUCAGAGAUCUUCGUCGACAAAAGUGUGGGCAAAAAAACCCUUUUUUGACCAUGCAUACAUUGUCUGUCAUGUUCACGUGGAAAAACUUGCUUAUCAGUCUGUCGGGAAAAUAACGGCGGGUCGUCGCAGCAAAAUGUCUCGCCUCGCCGCUAUCGCGCACCAAAUCCAAAACCACGGCUUGCAGUCGCAAAGCGAUGAUGGGCGAUUCCGAGGCGCGACGAUCCGCCAUUAUUUUCCCGACAGACUGAUAUUUGUUUUGAAAAAGAGUUCAGGCUUUCUUUGGCUCUUCAAAGUUUGCGGAGAUGCGGCAUAUAUGCACGGCGCAGAGGUAGUAUCUACAAAAAAUAAUAUCAAGGCUUUUUUGCCUUACUCCGUAGUAUACAUAUACCUGCGCCAUUUGCUUCGGAAACAGCUAGAAACGGCUGUCUGUCUGUAAUAUCCAGACAUGGCAACAAGGGGCUUUUGCCAUCUCCGCCCCCGGCCUAUCCCUUGUCCCGGCCCCAAGAAAAGCUCGGCCCGGCCUUUUCCGAAAUUUCCGAAACCCGGCUCGGCCCCUGAUGGUAUCAAUCUGUCGGGAAAAUAAUGAGCACUCUGGCGUAGCGGAUAUUGCAUCGCCGCCGAGAAAUUGAGUUACGUCGCGGCAAGAUCAAAUUGUUUUUUUCAUUUCAGCGACAUUGUGCUCGUUAUUUCUCCGACACACUGAUAUCACCAAAGAUCUCGAAUUGGAAAGUAUGGUCCACAUUUCAUCAAAAAAAUUGAAAAAUAAAAAAAGCCCAAAAGGUGACAUGUUUGCACUGUGUGCCCUUUUGCGAAAAAAACUUGUCGCACGUCGACAAGUAAAGUUCAAGGUGCAUUCCGACCAUGCGCAGUGCGAAAACAUGUCAAGACUUUUUGGUCCUUCUGAUAACAAAUUCCUGAACGAAAAGUGCAUAUGACGACACAUGCAACGCCUGUGUGAAACAAAUGUAUGUUAUGACCAGAGAUCAUAACAGGAGCUCCGGAAUUCUGGAGUCGGUUCCUGGCUCCGGAGUCGGGUCUUGGCUCCGGAGUCGAUUCUUGGCUUCGAAGUCGGUUCUUGGCUCCGGAGUCAAUUCUUAGCUUCGAAGUCGGUUCUUGGCUCCGGAGUCAAUUCUUGGCUUCGAAGUCGGUUCUUGACUCCAAAGUCGGUUCUCGGCUCCGGAGUCGACUCUUGGCUUCAGAGUUUGCUCUUGGCCCCAGAGCCGGUUCUUGACUCUGGAGUCGGCUAUUGGCUCCGAAGUUAG